UCAACAUUUGGCAAUUAACUGUAAGUUUGGCGACGACACCGCUGACUCGUCGUAAACCCUUACGAUCAUGAGCAGUAGCACUCCGGACAGUAGGCAAAGCAGUCGGAAGAAGAGCAGCAAAAAUAACACUACCGAUCCUUCUCCAAAAGAAAGCAAUAUGCGUAACUUUGUUGGCGAGUCAUACUCGCGCAUCGGUGGGGGGGUUUAUGGGGGAGAUGCCGCAGGCGAACCCCCGUCCCCUUAUCGGCAUCGGAAUGUUGCCUUCGACGAAGAAAUUGAAGAGGAAUUGAUGAGAAGUCCAGUUGCGCCAUUAAACGGUGACGAGCCUCGGCAGGACAAAGGAUCGUCCGGUUUAAAAAGAUCUUUCGCCGAGAUGGAAGAUGAUUACCUACCAAUCCGCGAACGUAGACACUUCAAGGUGCAAGAAAGCAAAUGCAGCAGCAUCACAACGUCACAAGUAGCUUGGUCGGAAGAAACACACCGUGCUUUUGUGGAAGCCAUUUACGGUGUUGGAGUUAAGCAGGCUUCACCAGCAGUAAUUUUGGAGCACAUGACGGAAAUUGAUCCGGCUGUAACGAGCGAACGGGUCAAGAGUAGGCUACAGAAAUAUCGCAACAACAAGGCCAAGUCCAAGGCCGAAUUCAUGGCAGAAUACGAUUCUUGGAUGCAAAAGGCCUUGACGGUCGGGGCCGUAGGCGGUGGAGGUAGCAAUCGCGCGAUGAGUCGGCUGGCAUCGCCAUCGGCAAUUGCCGAAAUGAUGGGAUUGCAAUCGUUGCUGGGUGGGGAUGUGGCGGCUUUUUUGUCUUACUCGGUCUUGGCAGACGAAAGUGACGCGUCGUUGGCAGCAUCAGGGGGCGACUCGCCAACAGACGUUAUUCGCAGUGGAUCGGAAGAGUACGCAAAGUAUUUUACCGGUGCAAGGAUUCCUUUCCCCGUUCUUACCGAAGACGAGCGGAAAUCUCCACUUGUCGAAUGGGGCCGAAAGAAGAAAUGGACGGUUGUGGUACUUCACCCUUCGUACCUUCGAGAUCCUCUAAUGUACAAGAUAAUGACACAUCGCACCCGAACCCGAAUCUACGAACAUCACCAGCGCUCCUCGGGAUUGAAAAGGCUUCUGCUUAUCCCAGGUAUUUGCCCAACACGGUCACGCUUGAUCGUCCCAUGA